AAUUCGGCAACAGUGCAGAAGAAGGAGACGAAGCUGCCACCAUGGAACCCGUUGCACUCGGCAGUGGUGGUGAUGGUGGCGGUGAUGAUGGUGAUGGUGGUGGAGAGCAAGCACGCCCAGGCGUCCUCAAGUCACGGGAAGCAGGGGCGGUGGAUGUGAUCGACGAUGCCCAUGAUGCUGCCUUGACGAACGGCGAGGCGCAGGUGUCACAGCAGGUUGCCGUCAAAGGUGCCGAUAAUGAAGCGACAGUCUCGGAGGAGGCUAUGGGUCGUCGUAGUUACGCCAGCGAACACGCAGUGCAGGGGCAGGCCGAUCACGAGCUGCAGGCGCCAAGACCGGCGUCCCGUGGUGACAAUGGCGUGAGCACACAAGCGCAAGUCAACAGCCAACAGGGGCAGGCCAUGGACGGGGAUGCCGUGUUGCCCGCACACAGCCCUGUCACUGCACCCCACACCAGUGAAUCUGCUCCCACAAGUCCGGCGCAGCCAUCGAACUCCACUGCCGUCACUAGCAAGGAGGUGGUCAAUCGUGGACACGAAGAAAGCGCUCAACAAUCACCAUCACCACCAAGUCCACACCCGACAACGGUGUCACCCGAGGACACGCAGGCGCAGCCACAACAGACACCACACACACCCAGCAACACAGCGCAGCAACAGCAACAGCAACAGCUGUCUCCGCCACCGUCGCAGGAAUCAUCACAGCAAAGGCGGCGACUCACGCAGCAUGAAAUUGUGCAGCUGUUGGAUCUGGCAAGGGAAGCGGGCAUCGCCGCGCUCAAGGGUCGGCGCGGCCUGCAAGACCACUGGAAAGUCGUCACGGAGCAAUUUAAUGCGGCCUGCCCGAGUGGUGAUCGGCCUCCACUCACGCCGACGGGUGCACAGAAACGCGUUGCGCGGGUUUUAAUGGACAUCAGACACCACGACGUCGCUCCAAAUGCCAAUCUCAGCCAAAAGUCGUUCCUGACACAGCCCGCGGUACAGCAUGCCGCACGCAGGUACUUGCAAUCGGGUAAGGCGAGAGGCAGCGGUGGUGGUGACAUGUCGGCAGGAUCACACCGCAGAUCUACAGACGCAGCAGCACCAGCGCCCACGACGACGGACUCGCCUCCUGCACCAGCAUCCACUGGUACUGGCCCCCAGUCCAUUCCUACUCCUUCUGCAUCCAGUCGCGAGCACGCGAGCACACGCACGUCUCCGUCACUGCCACCAUCGUCAUUGUCAUCAUCAUCGUCUAUGGCACCGCGUGUGCUCGACACUGCACACGACAUGACGAGCACAGCAACACAUGCAACAGCAGCAGCCACGCUGGUGAACCCGCAUGCAGUCUCCACCAGCACCAGCACCAGUAGCAUGAAGAUGGGUGCACACAGGCCACAGCACGUAUUGCGUCAUGGCUACAGCACACGUCAGAGGGGUCGACAGGCGAUUAGUUCCGCUGUCUCAGCAGCACUGGGUGGGCAAACACGUGGUGGUGGCGACGAGCAUAAUGAAGAUGGUGAUGGUGGUGAUGGCGAAGAGGAUGACGAUGAUGAUGAUGAUGAUGAUGAUGAUGAUGUUGUUGUUGUUGUUGGUGAAGAGAAACAGGGGCAGGAGCAGAGUAAGGUGGUUGCGAAUGAGCAAGGGCAGAUGACCAACGGGGAUCGUGGUGGGAACAAACACCAACUUCAGACGCGUGGUGCCGCUGCCAGAACCGAAACGGCUGGCAGACCUGUUCGUACCAGUGGCCACGAAGCUGCUGGUGGUGAUGGUGAUGGCGAUGGUGGUGGUAGUGGUGUGCCACCGCCUAAGCGUCCAAAGCGAUCGAGCAGUGCCGCGGGCCAGCAGCGGAAGAGACAAUACCGGUGCAAUGUGUGCGGGGACGUUGGUCACAACAGGCGGCGAUGCCCUGUUGCAGCCCUGCAGAGGAGCCAGGAGGAGGGCAUGGGCAGCGCGGCAGGUGUGGGCGCAGCGAGUGCGGUUGGCAGCACGCGGUCGUCGCUGCAAUCAACACCACGGCAGCGGCGUGGUAGAACCGACAACACCAGCAGCCGUAGUAGCAGCAGGACCAGCACGCAAGAAGCCCAGCACCAGCACCAGCAGCAGAAUCAGCAGCUGGUGCAGGAGAGCCAGCAGGUGCGUGUGGCCAGUGCCCCACUACCCGUCAACAGCCAGGAUGGCGCAGAUGAUGUGACGAUGUCGUCGUCAUCAAUCUCAGCUGUCGCCCUUCAACAGCCGCAACAACAACAACAACAACAACAACAACAACAACAACAACAACAACAACAACAACAACAACAACAACAACAACAACAACAACAACAACAACAACAACAACAACAACAACAGCGACAUCAAGAGGCAGAGGCAGAAGAAGAAGAAGUUGCCAUGCUACCACUGCCCACAACUUCUUCUCAACUCAGCGAGCGGGCGUGGCAAGAGGAAAUGCUGUGGAUUGCCGGCGAGCGGCUGAAGGUUGAGCGCCAGCGAUUGGCACUCGAACGGCAAAGGGCACAAGAACACGCAGUUCAGCAGCAACAAUUUGCAACAUUGCUAUCGACAGCCAUCGAAAGCAUGACUGAGAUGACAAAGGUGUUGUAUCAAAACAAGAAACAACACGAGUAA